AUGGAAAGUUCCAACGUCAGCUCAGAAUAUGGCUUUAUCUUGGUGGGCUUCUCUGAUCACCCCAAGCUAGAGAUGAUCCUCUUCAUAGUAAAUUUUAUUCUGUAUUCAGUGGCUGUGUUCGGAAAUUCAACCAUCAUCCUUGUGUGCAUCUUAGACCCCCGACUUCAUACCCCAAUGUACUUUUUCCUGGCGAACCUCUCCUUUCUAGACCUCUGUUUUAGUACGAGUUGUAUCCCACAGAUGCUUGUAAACCUCUGGGGUCCUGAUAAGACUAUUAGCUAUGCUGGCUGUGUUGUCCAACUUUUCUCUUUUCUCUCUGUCGGGGGAAUUGAAUGCAUCCUUUUGGCUGUCAUGGCCUAUGAUCGCUAUGCUGCAGUCUGCAAACCCCUGCACUAUAUGGUCAUAAUGCACCCUCAGCUGUGUUUAAGACUGGUAGCUGUAGCAUGGGGAAGUGGCCUGGUCAAUGCCAUUGUCAUGUCCCCACUAACAAUGACGCUUUCCAGAUGUGGUCGGCGCCGAGUUAACCAUUUCCUCUGUGAAUUGCCCGCCCUGAUCAAAAUGGCCUGUGUGGAUGCUCGUGCAGUCGAAAUGCUGUCCUUCACCUUUGCCGUUCUCAUUGUACUGCUGCCCCUCGCUCUUAUUCUUGUCUCCUAUGGCUACAUCGCAGCAGCUGUGCUGAGGAUCAAGUCAGCAGCUGGGCGCUGGAAGGCCUUCGACACCUGUAGCUCCCAUCUCACGGUGGUCUCCUUGUUCUAUGGGAGCAUCAUCUAUAUGUACAUGCAGCCAGGGAACAGCUCUUCCCAAGACCAGGGCAAGUUUCUCACGCUCUUCUAUAACCUGGUCACUCCCAUGUUGAAUCCACUCAUCUACACAUUAAGGAAUAAGGAAGUGAAGGGGGCAUUGAAGAAAGUUCUAGGGAAGCAGCAGUGA